CUAGUUAAAAUAACGUUUACAAAAUGCCGAAUACCGGUGGUGGAGGCUACGAAGAAGUAGCCGACGCUAGACGCGGUCGGUUUCGUGUCACUUCUACACAACAACAAGGUCCGCCAGAAACCACUUUGGGACGUUUUCGUUUAAUGCCAACAUCUAAUUAUGGCACUAUAUCACCCAUUCUACAAAGAGGCCGUUUUGCUGUGAUACCCGAAGAGCCACAUGGCUCUCCGGCACAAGGCACACCGCCAGCAGAACGGUCCAUACGCUCACCCUCACCAGAAUGGGAUUUCGAUAUAGAACAGGUAAGUCGUGUAACAAUUUAAACUAAAUUUAGUUUUCAUAAUUUUUAAAUAAAAGAACGACUUUUUAGUAACUAGUUGUAAAGAUCAAUAUAAGUUAUUUAAGUGUUAAACAACAACUCGUUACUCGUUUUUAACAGCACUGUUAACGCCAGCGGUUUGUUAACAUAAUAUAUUGUCUUAACCCUAUGAUUUUACAGGUGAUACUAUAUUACUCAUUCAUCAACAAUACAAUCAGUUUUUUGUAUCUUCUUUUCGAUUAUCUUCUUGGCAUUUUGUCUGCCAUGAAUGUCAAUUCUAAACAAAACAGCUGAUUGCUGUUAAAUGUUCUUUUGUGUUUACUUUUAAUUGUUUUCUUAUUUUAGCUGAUUACUCUACAUUUUGUUGUUAUUGUUGCUGUUGUUUAUCAACAAGUUUAUUUUACUCGCAAACGCAAACACACUCACACACAAACACAUCUGUUUUUAAGCAUUUGCUUCUGUAUGUUUGUAAUUCCAUUGUGUUUCUCUCUUCUAAUUGGUAAAUUGAUAAAUGUAAACAAUACGUCAUAUUUGUUUUUGCAGGAAUAAUUUGGUUUAGGAACACGCGCCUAUUUUAAUUUGUUUGAAAUGUUUGAAAAUUAAAUGAAACAAAAUGAAACACUGUAGUGAACGUGAUAAUUGAGUUACCAGAUUGGAUUAAUUAAUUAAAGUGGGUUUAUUAGGGAGUUUGUUUGAUAUUCUGGAUAAUUACCUAACAUUUUAUUAAAAAUUUUUAAAAAUCGAAAUGAAAAUAAUCGAAUAAUAAUAAAUAUCGAAUAAAUCGAAAGUAAAAAAAGUUUGAAAAGUCGACUACUUGAAAAUUGUAUAAAUAUCAAGACGACUUUUCAUUAAAUGCUUAUUGUAAAAUGUUGACUUUAAUUGCAAAAAGGUCGACAUGAACAUCGAAAUUUCUUUGAUUUGUAGUCGACUUUAUCUUGUUCCAUGUAUAGUAGGGUUCUAUUAAUCGACUUUCAUAUAGUUUAACGAUCUACUUUUUGUUGAAAAAAGUCGAAAUCGACUAUUUUGUUCCAAUCAAUCUCGACUAUCGUCUAUGAAAAAAGUCCAAAAGUCGACUUUAUAAAUUAAAGUCGAAGAAAUCGAAAAAAGU